AUGGUGGGCCAGGAAUUUAUCAGCCUCUUUCAGUCCUUCAAUGAGGGGCAUCGCCUCUGUCUGGAGGACUUUGCAGAUCGGCUGAACCUCUUUACAGUCCUCCUCUUUCUCCUUUCCUGUCUAAUCAUAUCGGCAAAACAGUAUGUCUUCAACUUUAUCUCCUGUUACACGCCUGUUGAGCCGUCUGGCGGAGCCUUCAAGGACUAUGUCUCCAACUUCUGCUGGGUGCAUGGAACGAUACCCUUUCGACCUAACGAACCGCUGCCAUCAACAGAUGCUGAAUGGAAUCUCUACGACCAACACAGACGCAUUAGUAAGUUUGAGGCUGUUUUAACGGGAGUCCCUUGGAUCUACAAUGUUAAAAUCAGGAGUUGAGAGCCAUUCCUGUCUUCACUUCAUCACCAUAGUGUUAUCAGUAAAUAUCCAUUGUUUCUUCAGUAAGGGGCUUCCGAAAAAAUAUUUCCACCCGACCCCGUGGAUUUCCUGAUACGUCAUCGUCAGAUGGCCAACCACUUAUAGUCCUGCACUGCAAAUAUAUGCUUUCUUCAUGGAGAUGAUCAUCCUCCAAAACCGGCUGUUAAUCGAGAUACGUUACCUCAUGAAAUGCUAGUUGAAAUUCUGAAAUGCGCUUCCGAAUCGAAAAGUUUACUUAAGUGGUGUUGUAAUACCAAUUACCAUGUGGUCAAGUUCCAAAAUAUCUCAGUCACACCAGGAAGACGACUUCCAAACGAGCUCCCUACCGACCGUUUGUGUAAACUAUAUUUCGUAAAAAAUGGCUACUUAACUAGCAUGAUUUUUCUCCGUGAUUUUCGGCGCCCCUAUAAUUUCACGUAAAUUUUAUAGAAGACAUGUCCAAAAUAUUCUUUCUUUUACUCAGUUGGUGACAAGCUAAGACAUCUUCAAAUUUUACACUUGAAGCAAGAGUAUGUUAUUGCCGACAAAGACAAUGAAGACUGGAAUGGUCAUUUCUUGCUUAUUAACCGUCGUCAGCCAGUCAUACCCAACCUCGAAGUGUGGAACACCCGAGGCUUGAACUCGUGACCUGUUAGUUAGAAUUCCACGCCUCCAACCACUGGACCACGAGUCUGUUGCCCUGUCGGUUUUCGAUCGGGAAUAUGCAAUGGUAGGGGACGCUCACCGAUCGUUUCGACGGAACUCACUUUUUCCAUUGUGCCUUACGGGCUCUCUCUCGAGCCCAACCAGCAGCCGCACAGCGGCGCAUGAUACAGGCAGUAUGUGGCCCGGUGGUUAGAGGCGUGGACUUCUAACUAACAGGUCGCGAGUUCGAACCUCGGGUGUUCCGCACUUCGGGGUUGGCUAUGACUGGCUGACGACGGCUAAUAAGCCAGAAAUGGCCAUUCCAAACUCCUUUGUCUUUGUCGGUAAUAACGUACUGCCUAUAUCAUGCGCCGCUGUGCGGCUGCUGGUUGGGCUCGGGUAAGAGCCCUUAAGGCACAAUGGAACGAGUGAGUUCCGUAGAAACGAUAGGUGAGCGCCCCCUGCCAAAGCGUAUUUUCCAGUUUUAAAAAGGUUCUAGUAAUGAGAUUUUUAAAGAUCGUGCGAUGUCCAGUCGUAAAGCAUCUUGUCAGCAUAUUUGUUAAUGCUGCAUUUAAGGUAGACAACGCGAUUUACAUCCAUUACAAAUUUUAUGAGCUUUUUAUUUCCUCUUCAUAAUAGUAUAUAGAAUCGUUUGAUUUUCCUUGCAUGAAAGGUAUACAGUUAGUAGUUUGGAAACUCUGAAGGCAAGUGUAACGGCAGGUCGAGUUCAAGAUUAUUGGGGGAUUGAGAAAUUUUUGCAAAACCGAAAGGUACUCUUUCUGUAAGUAAAAAAUUUAAAUAGUAUGUAAUUUUUUAUCAACUGAGUAAAUUAAGGAAUAUUUUGUGCAGGUUUUUUCUAAAAUAUACUUGCAUUUAUAAGGGUAUCAAACAUCAAUGAUAAAAAUCAUACUGGUUAAGCAGUCAUUUCUCCGGAAUACAGUUUAUGCAAGCGGCCGAUGAGAAGUCCAUUUAAAUGUCGGCAUCCUGACGUGACUGAAAUAUUCUAAGGUUGUGCAGCACAAUAACUGAUGUCACAAUCUUAACAAAAUAAGUUGUGAAAUUGAAAACACGUGUGAGAAUUUCAGUCAACGUUUCACGGGAUAGCAUACCAAUUAUACUUUUUAAAAGGUGUCUGUCUUUUGUACAGAUGGGUUAUGAAAUUUUAAUAAUAAGUGCCCCAUGUCGUUUCGUUCUGUCGUCUUUUUGAAGGUGCGAGCAGAGCAACAAACCGAGCCGCAGUUUCCCGGGGAGUAAGAAACCUAUAUACGGAUGCGCCGUAGGCUGUAUGAUUAUUUAAAUAUUGUUAAGUAUGUACUUUUGUGCAUAAUUCACCAGAUACUACUCGGUUCUGGGUCUUAAGGAAGCAGUGGAUCCGCCAGACAGGUUGGGUGAGUGUUCGUCAAUGAACCAUUCUCUUGCGCUGCGGUUCCUGGAGUAUAAUCGGUUGAAGAUGACGAUGACGAAUUUUAAAAGAGAUUUCUUCUCCCUUGUCUCUCCUUGCCUCUGAUAGACAAACCUUGUUAGAAAGGUUAUAGGAUGCCUUUUUGGCAGCACAAGUGCUCGCUAAAAGCCCAGACACGCGUGCUUCGCCGAUAUUCUGUCGCUGCAUCGUACAGCUGCGAGGGGUUCGGUUCUUCAGUGGAUCACCCAGCAUUCCCGUGUGCUUUCUGGUAGGUAUUCUAGUUUACAAUUUUUGUGCUUUUUAGUUUCUCCAGAGAUUAGCUGCGAACUUGGAGUAACUCAGCAUAUUCUAAGGUCAAUAGGCGCAGGCCGAAAUCUGAUGUAUGGAUAGUUGGGGCGGAAGUCCAUCAGCCACAGCGGGAUAAUCGCGUAAUAUUCAUUAACUGCCGACAGGCAGCUAGUAGUAUAUACUAAGGCCUAUGUGCGCAGAUCGAAAUUUGGUUGGUUAAAUUUCUUUGUAUAAACUGGUCUAUUCCAAGUUAGUGGUUAGUUUCUGAGGAAAUGAAAAAGCAACAAUUUCUAAACUGGAGAGUCUACUAGAAAGCAAACGGGGAAUGCUGGGGAACUCACUUAAGGGCCGAACCCCUCGCAGCUGUUCCACACAGCGGAAUAAUCUAGGCGAAACACGCGUGUCUGGUCUUUAGCUAGUACCGGUGCUGUUAGUAUGGUAUCUUCCAACGCUAAAACAUACUACUAGCUGCCUGUCAGCAGUUGAUAAAUAUUACGCAGUUAUCACGAUGUGGCUGAUGGACUUCGGCCCAAACAUCCAUACAUCAAAUUUCGGCCUAAGACUAUAGACCUGAGAAUAUACUGACUUACUCCAAGUUCGCAGUUAAUUUCUGAGGAAAAUAAAAGCAACAAAUUCUUAGAUGGCUCACUAUACCUAAGAGAUUCUUUAUUUUCUCUAGAGCUUAGCUUGUUAUUUCCAACUUCCACGUAUGGGACCAGAAUAUUCUUAUACAUAGUACAGAUGGUUAUACCAUACUCCGGACAUUGGUACUAGCUAAAAGCCGACAUAGCUCCAUGUCCUGUACUUUAACUAUUCUCUGGAGUUCAUGUUGCCAGAAAUCGCACACAGAAAAUUGGGAGCCCAUUGAGGAGCCCCAUCCCUCGCAGCUGCAUCACGAAACAGGGGGAACAUCGACGAACACAUGUCCGGAGAUUUGGCUCGUGUCUAUGCCGGGAGUACGGUAUGACCGUCUAUCAUGUAAAAUUGUACUACUACUAGUAGUACUAAUUGACUGUAGAAUUGGAGAUAGGUGGUUGUGUAGCAGAAGUUGCUUGUCUUUGAAUCAAAUGUUCAUUGGUCCUAAAAAACCACGUUCCGGACGGUUAACUUCAUAUCAUGCAGUUGGCAAUUUCUGAAAUUAUUAGCUUCACGUGUGUAUAUUACCUUGUCUUACUAACGGCUUUUAACAUAACCAUUAAUUCCUGCAAAUGCUCUGAGGUGCGGUAUGAUAAUCGCAUCCAAUGAUGACAGCCUGUCUGUUUUCAAAAAUAUAAAAAAUGCAAUUGAGGUCCCCUAUAUCGCCCUUUAUUUGCGCUCACAUAUAACGUUCGGUGACCAAAGAACUCAGGUUCGAAUUCCAAAUUAUCCAGACCCUGGGUACAGCUAACUGACGACGUCUAAUCGUCUAGAAAUGGCCAUUGCAGUCUCUCUUAGUUUUGCCGACACUGCCUCCUCUACGUAUAUACAUAUAUAUGGGGAUUUUGCGCAGACAAAGACAACGAAGACCAGGAUAAUCAUUCGUGACCUAGUAGCCGUCGUCAACCAAACAUAACUGGAUCCCAAGUUUGGAGAACCUCAACAAAGAACCGAAAUAUGACCUCAUCGGCCGUCAGGACAGUGCUUUACAUUCAGGCUACAGCGUCAUUGGUCUUUCGAUUAUAAUAGGGGAAAGUAAUAAAUUUGUGAAGCUGUUCACUGGUCUAAUUGCAGCGCAUAGCACACUUGUCCUGGUGCGUUUAGAGCUGAAGUUAUGACUCUUGCAGGCAUUUGCGAACUGAUCAUGAAUAGAGCAGAAUAAACAGGUUGAAAAAUAUGAGGAACACUAUAACGGACUAAUAACGACGGCCAAUAAGCCAGUAAAUGAUCCUCUUAGUCUCCAUUGCCAUUGUUCGUACUUUUGCGUUAUUACGGAUCGUUAUGCACUUGUUUGUGGGGAUUCUGAGUGAAAUCCAAAAACCCAACUACCAGUGAACGACACUGCCACGACCUUUGCCGGAGAUUCAAAACAGUUUCAGACAAAUUAAAGGAGUCAAGGUUGCAAAUGACGAGGUAAGUAUGUGAUCCAAUGGGAUCUCUCUUUCCAUCUCAAUUUCGCUGGAUGCAGUGAGACGUUGCGCCUAAGAACUCCUUCAGGCCCAUACUCCGGAUGUGCCUACGAACGCCUUAGAAAGAAAGGCUAAUGGGCAACCCUAUGCCUAGAUGGCCAUGUAAUCGAAAGACUGGUGAAUCACUUCAUGCAUCGGUUUAUUACGGAGAGACAUACUUAGACACCUGCUUAACAGCAUAUUCCCUGACGUUCAGUUCACAAGAGAAGACGAGGAGGCCGAGAAAUUACCCUUCCUUGACGUGCUCGUCACGCGCACAUUUGAUGGUAAACUUAGCGCUACAGCGUACAGAGAGGUGACCAAUACAACCCAGGUCCUCAAUAUCACAGCAACCACCCAUCGGUGCAAAACCGGGGUUGUGUGAGGGCGCUUUUCAACCGGGUAAAAGCGCCCCGUAGCGAGUCCGGGGGAAGGAUGCAAGAACUACGGCAUCUCAGGGUUCAGUUGACAAGGAACGGCUACCCAAAUAGUUUUAUCAGUCGCUGCAUACGCACGCACCCACGACGGAGUAACGGAAGAGAGACACCAACAAUUUGGCAUUCCCUGCCAUACAUAAAGAAUGUGUCCGGGGCCACAGAACGCGUUGCGUCAGAGUUUGGCGUGGGCAUCGCUCAUCAUCCGGCGGUCAUCCUGCGUAGCAGAAUAAUGAAAAGGAAGGAUUGGCAGGACGCAGGUGAGCAGUCGGACGUAGUCUAUCAAAUCCCGUGUCAUAACUGUCCUUGCCACUACACAGGCCAAACAGGACGACGUCUCAGCUCACGAACACUUGAGCACAAACGGGCAGUCCGGAGAGGCGACCCACUAUCUCAAGUCGCCACUCACACGCUGGAGGAAGGCCAUGAGUUCAACUUCGCCAACACGCGGAUAUUGGCGCGAUCCGGUAACAAGACGGGGCGAGAACUGUUGGAGGCGUCGGUGUCGGACAACAACUUUAUCAAUAGACACAUUGUUUUGCCUGCCUGCUAGCACGCACUUCUCCCACGCAGCCAGGUGGCGCAGCUCACAUCGCAGCGAAGUACAAACGUCGUCACCACGCCGGCGGACCAUUGUGGGUCAGGCAGCACAAACCAGACCUAGCCACGGACGUAGUCCUCCCCCCCAUCACGGCGAGAUGAUAUAAAUGUUCACACGUUGCUGCAUUCUAGCAGUCUCUGAUGAUGAACUCCAGUUCGGGUCCGAAAGCUAAGGCCAGUAAAUCUGCCGUCCCAGUGAUUGUGCCUUUGUCUUCCUUGUUAUGCAUUAUGAAAGUAACCAUUCCGUCUCUCACGAGCAGAGUCAUGACUACAAACUAGUAAACCUGACGAUUUAAAGGACCAAUUAACUGUUUGACCCUGCCUAACGAAAAAGCCCGUAUUCGGCUGGGUCCUGAUCCAAAUACGCCCCUACUGCAUUCCUCCAUCCCACCGGGGGUGGCUGCGUCCGUUCCCGCUUGUCCUUGGGCAUUUUGCAUGUGGCAUCUAUGUCGAUGCGUAUAUUGAUGCGUCUGAAUGCAGUGCCUUCAGUAAUUAGCAACCUUUCUAGAUUGGAUAGGCAUCCACAGUGCGAGUUCUCUCCUCUUUUAUGAUGUGUCAAGUGUUCAAUGUAGGAAUGAUCACCUGGAAAAGAUGGUAUUCAUGUACAGGGGUGAGCGCGGACUCCUCGCUGUUGUCACAGUAGCCUGCAUCAAAAGUGCCACAGGGGAUUUUGUAGACAUCUUGGAUAGUUCAAUACUAGCCAAACGCCACCCCAGAGUGUUCAUAAAGUAGUCGUACGUUUAGGCACUACGGGAAUCUGAUGUUUUCAGAUGUUUUUCGGCAAACUCAAAUACAUUUUUGGAAACGAGGGCAGAAAGCCAGCACUCCUUCCCAGAUGUUAUCGGACGUCACAGCAAACCUUCGUUUAUUGCAAAGACAUUCCCCGAGGUCAGAUUUUGUUUUGAUAGGGAUAUUCUUAUGAGUGAUUCAGGGGUCUGGAAGUCGAGAUACUUCAUUUUAGCACCGUUCGGAAUGUGUUUGACUAUGGCAAUGCCUAUUUUUCUGCUUUUCUAGGUGAUUACAUCACACGAAUUUGAAAUUUUAUAGGACCACAUUCAAUGAGGCUGGUCAGUGUAACUCGUACCUUUUCAUCAGUGCCUGGCCCUUGAGCUAAAAACGACGAUAUCUUUCUCUUAAGUAGCCGUUUUGGCUGUCGCUGCUUUAGUCAACGCCAUUCUCCAUGACAUUCAAGCCGCUGUGACCCAUUCUCUGUGAUCGACGACCAGACCCCUCAGCAGUCAUUGUCCCCAUGCAGUUGCAUUAUCAACCAGCACAUCCCACAGGGCCCGGUAUCAUCAUCAGGUCAGUAACUGAGGCGAUCGGAUCAGCGCUAGAAAGCAUGCCUUUGCAAACUACUUUGAUCUGCGUCCAGCGGAAUGCAUGAAAAGAACUUCUGAUAUUGGUAUCACACUGCGUUACAAACAGUAUGCGUCCUUAAUCGACCGUAAAGCUUCACCUCCACGCCCUGAUCUCUAAACCGGCUCUAUGAUAAUCCCUAGAGGCAAGCAGGGACACCGGUGAUUCUUGACUUGUUUUCCACGUAGCCCAUGACUACAUCAGUAGGAUUUCUGCAUUGAAGUGCUACCGACCAUGAAAGCGCACUUCUAAAUUCAGUGUCGGGAAGACAGUGUCAAGAAGACUGCCGAGAGAACAUAGACGACUGCUGAAUAAAAUAUCAGUCCGGUAUUUGAAGGUAGAGUAGCUCAGACGUGCGUGAAGGUCGACCUAAACAUUCGGUUCGUGGAUAGCCCCUACAGUCGUAGAACAGGUGGUGCGCACAUGCACGCGCUAACACGUGUGCGACCUUGCGCAAGGCUACGGGGCAGCUGGCAUGUAACUUUCAAUGUGUCCGCGUCCCCUGGGACAGAACUCGCCCCCUCGGCAGUGGAUGGUAUCCCGAUAUCUCUCCUAAGUUUCAUGUGACUUCCGACGUCUUGAAGAGGAAAGAAAGAUCACUUUUCACCAGAGUGAGUGUCGGAAUUCAUCGCAUGGGUGGACAGUAAUAAAGUAAAAGUAUGGAAGACGAGUAGUUAGGAUAUAACGAGGAAAUUUUCUACAUAGUGAAAGGGUUAACAGAUACUGGUAAAAUGACGAGGUCUGAAUCAGGAUGUGCAUUACUGCUUCAAUUAGUAAAAAAAGUCGACUGAAGGUCUCGUGAGGCAGUUGUUCUGCCUACGUUGGAGGAUAGCCGGAGUACUGGUGGUCGCCAGGUUAACCAGGACACAAAAUUAGGAAUUAAAAUUAUCCGUUGUCCGAUCUUUUUCGUAUUUAUGCGUCUCCACACUCCGUCCCCGGCUUCAGUCAGUGGUCGUUAUAUGCAACUUCAUGCAAGUGCGACACCACACACCUGUUCUUCUUUUCGGUGCGUCAUUGAAGACUUUGCGUCACAAUCGUCGGGAACUUGAGGCAAUAGCACCCAUAACGAGCACGUCUUGUGGUCCAGCGUAUCGCGUGUCCAGGCUAGAAUGUGUGACAUGGCGCAUAAGAUCUAUGUAAAUUUUAAGACAAAUUCGUUGCAGAGGGAAGAUUGACCCAAAUGCACCGACGGAAACUCCCGGCCAAUCGUGAACAAACUUCUAUUAAAUGAAAGCACAACAAAAAUACUGAAAUUCAUAUGACGCUUGUUUCAAAUAGCGUUUUUGGAAUAGUAGGAUGCUAAAAAUUCAGCAAUUCCAUAUAAAUCAGUAACUGCGACUUCCAGAAGCUCAUGAUAUUUGUCCGCGCAAACAAAUGAAUGAAUACAACAUCGCAAGCACAACGUUUCAGAUGUUGAUGCUUUUCGGAUGCAAACGACAAAAUCCUGCUUUUCUCUCUAAAUCCGAAUCCAUUUCACAACGCGUCAAUAUGACCACGCAAAAAUUAAAAUAUUUCGGAAGGGAUCAUCAUGAUACCCGCAACUCUUCAAUAUUGCGUAUCGGUUGAAAGUAGACUGCACAAACAAGCAAAUUACCGUACUGAAUUGUCUACUUGAUGGAGCGCCAAUCAGCACUUACUUAUUCUAUAUGUCCAUAGGCCUGAGAAUUACGGACAAUGCGGAAACAAUAUCUUUCUUCCAUUAUAACGUUGUUCUGGAGCACUUACUUAAACAAAGUAAGGGAUCAUGAUUUUUAAAAAAAAACAGAAAUGCCGUUUUUUGAAAAUAGCAUAAUUAUUUGCAUCAGCCUCGUCUAUGGUUAGUGACCUCACUGAUCAGAGGUGUCAGAAUUUAACAAACCAAUACCAAUCACUCGCAAAUUGGCACCAGUCCAUGGAUCCAAUAUCUAGUUUUAUAAAUAAUAACUGCGAGGGGUCCGAAAGCGUAAAGGGAAUAUUGAAGGUAAUAUUACAUCGUUUCAAGCACCAAUUUAUUCAGAAAAGCGGGAAACUCCGAAAACGUACAACGUGAUUGUAAUUGGGCAAGUUGCGGUUUUAGAUGUACAGGAUGUUUCCCCAUUCAAAAAAUAAGUAAAUAUGAAAGCUUCAAUGUAAAAACGUUUUAAAAAGUGCUUUAACGACGUUUACAUUAAAAUAUUUACAAAUUAGUGUAAUGUCAGCUAUGGUGGUUUGCCAACGGUCCACGAAGUAUAAAUUCAAAGCCGGCUUCCUGCGAAAAUUUUGUUUUUUUCGCUUAUGCAUUGAUUUGGAUGCGGUCCACUAAAGAGAACAGGAUUUUGCUUGAUUCCGCAUUUCAUAAGGUCGCGUGUUUCCAAGACGGUCGGUGAAUAAAAGAUUUAAAUAAAAUUUGCAGGUAUGGUCGUAAACAUACCAUGUUAUGUGUAUAAAGAGAACUUUUCACCGUAAAAUCAAUUUGCCCCUUGCCUUGUUCUAGAUUACGUUGAGUCUCAGAUAGGUCUUGAAAUAUAGUUAAACACUUCAUGAUUUUCAGUGUUUUCAGUUAAUUUCCCAUAAAUACAGAUUCCGUAUUAUGCGUUUAUUAAAGUCUUCAAAAUAAUAUACUUCUUAAAGGCAUUUACUGAAGAAGCGAGCGUUUGAGCGUUCUUUUUCGUGUAGAUGGUCGCAUGGAUCAUAUGAGAAGACUCACCCAAACAUGAAAUCUUAUAGUCGAAAAAAUGGACGUCCACAGCAAAAGCCAACAACAAAUAGACUUGCGACCAAUAAAAAAGCCUUCUUUAAUAAGUUAUCUUUUCAAGAAAUGAUUUUACACUGCAUUCCGUCGACAGGUGUACAGUGCGUGACCUAUCUCAUGAAAUUUUGGCUGAAAUUCUGAAAUGCGUUUUCGAUUCGGAAGGAUUACUUGGUCGCGGUUGUGAUACUGAUUAUCUUAAGGCAUACUCUUAUAACAUUUUGGACUCAGCAGGAUGUCGGCUUUAAAAUGCAGUUCUUUUCAAUCUCCUGUAGAAAGCGUGCUUGGUAAAAAUGACUACUUAAUUAGCAUGCAUUUUCCCCAUUGAUUUUCGAUGGUUUUGGAAAUUCAAAUAUAUUUUAUAGAAACGACAAACAAAAAUAUGCUUUCUCUUAGUCACUCAAUAGAGAAUUGCGUCUUCUUUAUAUUUUAUAUUUAAGGAAGGAGUAUAAUUAGGUUUUAAAAAAGUGUCUAAUUAUGAGACUUUUUAAGACCGCGAUAUGUCCAUUCACAUAGCAUCGUACCUGGCCGUUUACCACUGCUCCUCAUGAAAUGUACAACAUGGUCCGCAUCCAUUGCAAAAUUUUAUGGACGCUGUAUGAUAUCUCUUUAAUGACAUAGAAAAAUAUGGGAUUUUCUUUACGCGGAACGCAUGCACCUUGUAGAGUGUAAUCACUAAGCGCUAGUUUGUUCAGUGAGUUAGCUAGUUAGAUAGUCAGUUAGUUAGUUAGCCAGUUAGGUAGUCAGUUAGUUAGUUGGUAUAAUUAGUAAGUGGGUUAACAUGGUUAGUUAGUUGGUUGGCUUGUCAGUUAGGUAGUUAGCUAGUAUAGUUGGUUAGUCGAGUAGUUGGUUGUUAGUUAGUUAGCUAUUUAGUUAGAUAGUUCGUUGAUUAGUUACUUAAUUAGUUGGUAAGCAUACUUGGUUGGUAUUGUUAGUACAGUUAGUAUAUAGUCACUUGCUUCGAAAGUUUCACGUAGUUUGCCCAAAGUUUAGAUUUUUCACGGCUUUUGGUUUCCAGUGGUCCGUCCAGAAACGUCAUCUGUUUCGAUAUGUCGAAGAGGAUGUGUUAAUCAUUUAACUUACAUAACUGGUGAAUCGUACGGCAAACGGUCGAUAUUUACGAUGGUCAGUUGGAAAUUCCAUUAUUUAAGGGCAAUUUGCUAUCCCAUUAUGACUCUGAUCACCAUAUUCCUAUGCUUCUCUAGCAUGCUAUACUUUGUUGUUUGUUUGUUUUAACUAAUUAACGUUUUAUUUGUCCAUUUACGCUUUGGUUUUUUGCGUCGCGCGCUCUAUUAGAUUUCAUCCGCAAGUGCGUUAGUUAAAGAACCCCAUUUCUAUGUCAACCCAUAUAAUUUUCUAAACGGCAAAAUAAUAUUAGCCUAUUCAAACGAAGGAUUGCCUAUGUGUGUUGUUACUGAACUUGACGACACGAAAUCGCUCAGGCUGGCUAAUCUGACUUUUAUGAAUCAGUGAGACGUCUGAUUCUCUAAAAUUAACGCGUGGGUUUACAACAUGAUUCCCACGACUAGCAACAGGCAAAAGACAAUUUUCAUGUGCGGCAAGCUCCGUUUGGUAGAACUCUCGGGAGCAAAUUAAUUUACUCUCAAAAGCAGGCUAAAAUACAAAAUCGACAGGUAUUAGAUUGAGGACUGUUAGGAUAUAUCGCAAUAUCUAUUUUUACUCAAAUUUAUGAACACUUUGUUUGAUGAAAUUGCUCAAACACAUUUUUGUUUAAAAAAAACGACAUUUGCCUAGUGAAAAAAGGCGCAAAGUUUAAAGUGUCUAGAAAUCAUCAUUUCAGAUUUCAUCUUCAAGUUUCAUGAAUCGGGUCACAUGCUGCAAAUGCAAAAGGGAGUACCGACAGAGACAUGAGGGACCAAAACGGCUGUUUCUUGUUUACGAACCGUCAUCAAUCGGACAUAACAACUCGGGUUUCGAUAACUUGGGAUUCUAACCCGAAUUUUUCGAUCACCGAGCAGUAGGCCAAACGCUCUGCCACUGAGUCAUGGACGUAGUCGUCAGUUUGUAUGUCCUUGGUACUUGGCGUUUCCUCGUGUGUUUUUUAACGAGUUCAGACACAUUUUUAAUGCAGGGGAGAGUUCGCCAUGUAUUUGCCGUGGGCGUUUGACUGGAAAUGCCUAGUUUCUUUUUCUGACUCAUUUUCACAUGCAUAGGCGUACAGGGCAGUCAUUUUGAGAGAAUAAUUCGAACAAGUAUUCGAUUUGACACGACUUUUCUGGACAUCGGACACACCGCGUGGGACAAAACUCGCAUUGUCGGUGUCGUCCACCUCAAGAAAGACCAAGUUUCUCGAGUCUACGCACUCAGACGAAUGGUGCGUCCACCGGCAUAUCGAGCUGGAUUUCGUGUGCGGAAUUCUCAGGCAGAAGUUGAGGAGGCGGGAGCCAAUCAGAACAGGAUGAGGCACACCGUGAUUGCCAACUAGUGCGUUUAUCAUUUCCCGAAGAAAAUGAAGGGGAGAAGAUGAAGUUUUGAACCAAAUUACAUUUGUACUGACUUUUCGGAAACUUGCGGGUUUUCAACGUUACGGUAGUGCGGCUGCUGUUCCUUCUAGUCUUUAAUAACGCAGCCUAGCCGCCGUCCUCGUAUUAUAGCCGUGCUUGACGCACUACCUUUGACCUGCCUGUUUUCUGCUGACUGGCUUUGACCUCCCUGAGAUUGACCGUCAAUGGGUUCCCGUGAUCUUCGUCCCCUUUGCGGCCGGCGUACUUGUGGCCAUUUCAGCGCGUCUUUUGCCGCCCCCCUACACGUCAGUCGACUGACUGGUCAGUCAGUAGUGUUCCCAGGAGCUGCUUUCAGCCUCGCGAGCGCUUCGGUAGGGCAGUGUUUUAUGUUAGUUACGUCUUCUCCGGCCGCCCCCUCUUCCUCUUUUCUGUGAGCGUCGGCUCUCUGCUCCGCGUGUCCGGCUCUCCUAUUGGCCCUGUCGAAAUGACCCAAGCCUUGCGCGUAGUGUCUAGUAAACCCGAUGAAGAUCUAUAGCAUUGUUGAGUUUGUCAGUCGAGGGCUAACUUUCGAGAACCAGCCUGACCAUAUAUAAAGAUGAUGUUGUAAUUCUGGUAGGGAAAAGCUAUGAUAUUACUUUUCGGCGGGAAUACAGUGCCGCAACACUUAGAAUUGUCUAUUCCCCCACCAGCCUGUCUUACGGGCGGACUACUACUACUACUACCACUAAUACUACUACUACUACCACCACCACUACUACUGCUACUACUACCACUACUACCGCUGUUACUACUAAUACUACUACCACUGGCGGGAAUACAGUGUCGCAACACUGAAGAAAACUUUUUCCCCCGUCUACCACCACUGAUACGGCGAAUACUACUAAUAAUCCUACUAUUAGUACUACUACUACCACCGCCACCACGGCUGCCAAUGCUACUCUACCAACGCUUACAGUAUGGGUAACUAACUGCAAUAAUACUAGCAUCAGUAACGGAGUGUUGCGACACUGGUAUCCAACCUACUUUUCAUAUAGCUUUGAUGUAUUUAUUCAGCUGGCAACAAUCUGAACAGAUGAUUAUGCAACGGUAACUUAUUGUUAAGUCUUAGAAAGACUACAAGUAAAGACAAGGAGACUGACUUGUAAGCCAGUCAGAAAUGAGAAUUUCGGUCUUCCGCGACCGCAUUGUGGGGACCCUCAAUGGUGCUUUAAGGCAAAACAGAGAGAGUGUACUCAGUUGUGCAAUCACGUCGGUUAAGCAUCCCUUGCAUAUUACGUAUCUAACAUCUCCUAAUUCAGUGGUAGGGGGCGCUCACCGAUCGUUCAUACGGAACUCACUCGUUCCGUUGUGCCUUAAGGGCUCUCUCUCGAGCCCAACCAGCAACCGCACAGCGGCGCAUGAUAUAUAGGUAGAAUGGUAUAACCGACAAAGACAAGGGAGACUGGAAUGGCCAUUUCUGGCUUAUUAGCCGUCGUCAGCCAGCCAUACCCAAGCCCGAAGUGUGGAACACCCGAGCCUCGAACUCGCGACCUGUUGGUUUAGAAGUCCACGCCUCUACCCACCGGGCCACGAGCCCGUUGCCCUGUCGGUUUUCGAUCGUAAUGGAGUCAUCACUAGAAAAGUACUUUUGCUGGCAAGUAAGCAUAUUUUUUACUACACUCUCUCUCCCUCCCUUGACGUCCAGCUUACUACCAAUGGGUGCCCUUUGUGUUGGGUCUUCAGUGCAUCCUCUUCUACCUACCGCACAUAAUUUGGCAGACAGUCUGCACAGCUCGGGCCGGUGGCGAUAUCUUCACUCUGCUGGCGUCGGCGCGGCAAGCUUCUGCAGACGAUCGACAAACGCGUCAAAACAAGGUGACACGCGUGGCUGAUUUUCUGGAGGACAUGAUCGAGGAACAGCGUUGUGAUCGAAGGGUAUGUCCACCGACUUCCCCCCCCCCCCCCCCCCCCUACCUGCGUGGAUUCUUUUCUCGAAGAGCGAUCGCGAUUCAGUAGUGUUCAGCCCUAAAACGAUAUAAACAUGGAAGUUGCGCGACGUCCUAUUUGGCCUAUCGGACAGACAUUGCUGAGGUUGGAUCACAGUCAGUAGACCUAUGCAUUAACUAGGCCAAUCACAGUUGGCCUCCAGUCUGGUCACUCCCCUCUUCGUAUCAUGCGGGUACGCGGAGUAGCUUGUCAUCGGAUGAACUUUUGUUUUAUUUCUCUACCAUUUUAUGCAGUGAACGAUGUCUUACCAAUUGGUUCCCUACAAAAGCGAAGGUUUCGAUGGUUUCUUUUUAAUGUAGUAGGCUUUGAUAAGAAGUAUUAUAUGUGUAAGUGUAAGUCUGACAUAGAAAUUGACUCAGAAAGCAGUGGCAACGAUUAUUCCGUUGUCAGCCCCGGAGCGAAAUGCGUACGUGCGCGCGAGUCUGAGCACCGCCUCCCUGCUACCAACCCUUAAAGGCGACAAUAUCGAUCGGCACCACUGUGUGGACAAGCCGGGGGGGGGGGAGACGAAUCGCACGCGGCGCAAGUCAGCUGGCAAGGGGGUGUUUGAUCAUUGUUGGCACCCCACAAAUUCAAAAGAGGUCAGAUGUGGCUUGGUAGCUCCACCUGAAGUAAACAAACCCCAGCCACCUGUAAUACGGGACUGGUUAUAAUAUGGGUUUUUGCGGGUGGGGCCGGGGAACGCACAAGCGACGAGGUCAAGUAGUUGUAUGCAAAAUAAAAGCUAUUGGGAAUGUGCGGUUCUACUUUGAGUGUUUGAGAAAUAGUUGCCCUAACCCCUGACCCUAAGCCCUAACCCUAACCUCCAACUCUUACCCCUAACCCAAAUCAUAACCCCUAACACUAACCAUAACCCUAACUCCAACCCCAACAGUAUCGUGUCCACAAGAUGGGGCUACAUAACCACAUCUUGCCCAAAAGUCUUUUCUAAUACUGUGCGGGACAGAAGGAAUGCGUCACAUUAAGGAAAAUAGACGAGGUGUUGGUGCUCUCAGGACGGAGCUACCACUGGUUGCUAAAAUUUAUCGCUCUACCGGCUAGACCAUAGUUUCACUCUGUCGCCUGCUGCCAGGGAUUGAUAAAUUCAAUCACAGAUGACGCUCGACGAUUUGCGACGAUCUGCAGGACGGAAUGCGAACGUUCGCUUUAGCCUUAGAAUGGAGAAUAGGUUGGGGAAGUUUGGCAGUAAGACGAAGACACACGUCCGACGCCGUGAGAGCAGGCGUCUCGAAUGACUGUGAGGCAGGCGUCAGAGAGCCUUGGGCGAGGGCAUGUCUGCGUCGGUCUUGAAGCUGAUUGGUCGGUGUUGGGUAGCUGUACUUGGCCAGAAACCACAUAGAACGUCUCGGUUUCAGGGAAUGGACUGACGUGAUGAGAGCACCACUCUGGGUCCCAAAAAGUCAGACGAAAGACUGUCGCCGGUACGUGCGUGUAAGCAUGCGUCAUAGGUGUAGCGUUGCAACGGGGCAGGGUUUCAAUAAUUACAACACUAACGGGCGGCAUAAAAAGGUGGAAAAUGGCUAACCUACUGCCCCCUCUUUAUCUGCAAGGCUUCCCAAUAAGUGACUGACAGUCAGCAAGCGAGGGCCAGUGCGAAUCUGGGCCUUCAGCUCCCAGGCCAAGCGAAAAUGACAGUUUUCGUCCUGUAAUCACGGUAUACCUUUGCACUUCACCCCCUCGCAACCAUAGUAUUUAUGUCGCUCUGUGCAGUUCAAAGUCGAUAUACUAUCUACAAAAAACGUUACUAAACGCAAUUCACACAAAAAUAUGCAAUUCCAUCGGUCAUUCUGAACAGACUCAUUUCAUCGGCAUCCACCACUUACUCGUCAUAUAGCAUAGAGGAGGAAAACGAAAAUGUGAACUCCUGGAGACUUAAAGUGUCAUCGCCCCCCUUUGUGAACGUUUUAGCAUGCUUGAAUCUCACGGGUAAAGUCUUCUUUUGUUUCCUCUCAUUAUACAUAUUUAAACUUAAUCCCUGUGCUUACAAGGGCUCUUAGUUUAAACCGUUAGGAGUUGCACUGAAAAUAUCAGAUAUGAUACGACUUUUUGCAAAAUCUACCCAAAUCCAUCCCUUCUCGCUAUUUGUCUUGUCCAAAACACUAAAUUAAGCAUCUAAGUUAGUUGAGAAAGAAGACCAAUACGUGUAGACUUAGACUAUGCAAAACUGUCUGUCACAAAAUUUACGCUAAAUAACAACUGGCAAUUCAUCAUCUGUGGAUUCUACUCGGAUCUCUCUGACCACAGGUCCGCAGAAAUGCAGAAAGAAGCUGUGAAAAAUGCAUUUAUAAAACUGGAGCAGUCGCCCGGGGCGGGAUGCCUGUCGCAGUGUUUUAACCCCACUAACGCAACCCUGAGUGGACAGAUGGUAUAAAACACAAAGGUCGCCCGGUUGUGUGUAGCUCCCUUUCAAAAGUCAGUAUGCGGGAUCUGAUGGAAUGCGUUGAAUUUAGGAAAAUGAACUCGGUGAAAAAUGUAAUGAUUCCGAUGCCGAAAGUUGCCAUUUGAACACCACGGUGUGUAAUGUUGGUAGACUAAUUGUUCAAAUACAUUCAAGUGUUUCUGUCCACUUCUGUGAUUCUGAUCGUAAGCUCCGCGGAAUGUCCGCAGUAUCCGACAGAGAUAAAACCCACUUCUUAUGUUUAUCCUGCCAGAGCCGUAUUUGUGGUAUCGAAAAAUUUAAUGUCCCAGAAAAAUCGCAGAGUGACCAGUGGCUGACGAAAGACGUGUGGCUGUUGCUUAAAAAAAAUCCCCAGAAUAGCUGGUGAAAACAGUUCAGCUAUUUAAUUGUAGGCUAGUGCGAUAUAUUUCCAGUGUUGAAGCCCCCAAUUCCAGGGCCGUUAUCACAGUUUUUUGUAAAUAACACAGUUACGAAUUCGCUUCCUUCAAACUUAUUUGAAACGAAGAACCUGCCAACGGUUGCAUUUGCCUUUAACGGGCUAUGCAACUCAGAUCUCCGGUAGUGUGGGUUCGCGUCUAUUUUUUGUGCUAUACUUAGCGAUAUCCAUAUAAGCAGCUUCAUCACAACACCAGCCAGUGGUCGAAAGAUGGGCUUCACUUUCUCAUAUUGUGUGUCGAAAUUAAUAAAACUUGAACCUAAAUCUUAAAGCUGUUUUCAAAUACAAAUUAUCAUUCAAGGAAGGUUAUAAUACUGACUGACGUGAUAGAAUUCCAGAUAACUUUUUCAAUACCAUGAUGCCGAACUCUGGCUGAGUACUGUCUAGAUACUUGUUGGAAUCGCACGCUGAAAAAAGCUGACUGUUUAUUUAUUGAGCAUAUUUUAUUGAUUCUUUGUGGUAAUUCAAAAAACCAAUUUCGUACGCCUAACCCACAGCAAACCGUCCUUUUCACAUUUUCCCCCAACGCAUUAUGUACUUCAGUUUUCAAAAGCUCAUAAAUAGUUAUAUCUUUUUAAACACCGGCAACAUUCUCCUGGGUUUAUUAGUUUCCUAGAGCACAUGCUCAUUAAGUCCUCCAUAAUAUAUUUUUUACCACUCCACCUCUCAUGAGGAAAAAUCCCAGCGGAUUGUACCGUAUGUCUUAUAAACAGCAUUACCACACCCCAAAUACUAGAUUUCACACGAGCAUCCUAAAAUCUCUUGUGAAUCGGAGGAGGUCUUGCCUCGAGGUUGAACAAUUUGAGGAAAAACAAGUAGAAGAAAUUCAAAAAAAAAUCCAUUUUACAAAGUAUCACUAGUUUACUAUAGGUAGGGAAAAACAUUGAAUGAAUACGUGCUACUUAGGUUGCCCCUAUUCCUGACAAUGGUGAUAUUUGGCCAAAAGUCAACUAGCUGUCGUGAUAAAUGAGCUGUGGUUAUAUUCCAUACCAAGCAACUUUGUCUGUUUGGAUGCUUAACCAAAAUUUGGGAAUUAAAGUACCAGCUUCGAUGUUCCUCAAGCUCCCAUCUCUACGCAGUUUCACUUCAACUUCAGACUCUAUCGUAAACCUUCUAUGACUUUAGCAGUGACUCCAUAUCAUGCCGACCAUUUUGAGUAGUCUAAUACAAUAUCAUUGAGAAAUAAAACAUCACAAUUCAGUCAAAAAGACUGAUGGCCAAAAUUGAAACAGAAUUACACUUGCCGCAUGAAGGCAAAGCAAACCAAAUCAUCCGCAAUACGUUGCUGUGAAUGAUGCUAUUUUCGCUUAUCUGUUAUGCGCGCGUCAAAUUUUUUAAAAUUAAAUUCUCAAGGACUGGGACUAAUGUAUGCAAUGGAAGAUUUAGAUACCUGGACACUUCAAAAGUCGAUAUAAAUAUCAUCGGGCUGCCGAAAAAUCGGACCAACAGCAUUACCCAUCUGAUUUUGUAGUGAAAAAAGAGCGAAUCAGUGCUAUUGCUUUGGCCGAAUUAUAAAUUAGGCGAAGUGCGAACCGCUUGAAUAGUAACAUAAAUGGAAUUUGAACCCGAACUCAAAAGGCGCGCCAGCUCAAAUUCCGUGUCUCUCGAGCAAGAUGAGCGGUCCGAAAAUUAUGCCAUCCAUUUGAUUCUGAGGAACAGAAAAGGAUCUUACAAAAAGUUUACAUUAAACGCUACUGAUACAGCUUCUUAUCGAUUGUGGCCCGGACCUGCAGUCCUGUUCCGGCAACUUUUCCCGAGUUCGUUUGCUUUUUCUAAUCAAAAUUAUAACUUGCCGUAUGCCAAAUGCAGCUGAUUGAGAAACCACAUGGAAGACACUGAGGGACCCACAGCCGAACUGGGCUUUUCCAGUUGGAUCAGGCAGCUCCUAGUAAUUGCGAAGCACGUGUGUGGGCAUUCACGAGACACCUCUGUUGAAAGAAUGCUGAGGAAUCUUUACGUGUUCAUGGCUAAAUGCUGCUAAAUUCUCAACUGAAAACGUAAAGAAGUUAUUCGGCUGAAGUCAAUAGCCUAUAACCCAAAUAGGUAAGAAAAAUUUGGGUUUGAAAAAAUUUACACGGGGUCCAUGCAGUAUUGUUAAACGAACUUAUGAAUCACUCAUUAAUAGGCUUGUGGGGUUGAUUAGGCUAGAUUCUGCCUUGCGCUUGCUUUGAAGUUGUAGUGAAACACUACAUGACACCAAACAGUUAAUGUUGCAGGAAUGAUUCUGGCUUGAAAAGCUGUCAUAAUUCUGGGCGAGAAGAAUAUAAACAUAUCGGAGCUUUUAGUAGCUUCUUCUUUCUCUCUCCGAUGACUAGAUCACUUUCUCAUUCAUUCUUUUCUUUCAUCUCAGGGUCCAAGAACGCAAUUGGUUAACAAAAUGUACGAAAGCUGCGGCAUCUGUGUGAUGAGUAAACGCAUGGGCACCUGCCUUCUGAUGUCCUACCUUGCGAUAAAGAUACUGAUAGUAGUGAAUUCCGCCCUCCAACUCUACCUCAUCCAAUGCUUCCUAGGCUUCUCUGGAAACGAUGUACCACCGGCAGACGGCCCUAUUCAAGACAAUCAGCCCACUGAUCAAAACUACAAAAUAAGUGAGUUAACCUUUAUAAGGGAAACGAGCAAGAGUGGAAGACCAUAG